AUGGUACAAAGCAGUCUGAAACAUCCAUGGUCCACGAUAGUGACGUGUCCAGAUGGAGAUGUAGAAAAUGGGGAUACUGUAGUUGGAGUACUUUUGAAUUCGGUUUGGAAUCGACAGGAGGAUGAGAGGAAGAGAAAUGAAAAUGGGAAAUCUGUAGAUCACGAUUUGAGCGGAUUCUCGGAUACAAUGCAAAGAUUUUUAUCCGUGCUCCAAAAGUGUCAUGAUGAUUUCUGGUCGCUGGUCCCAUCCGACAUCAAUACAGUCAUCUAUCGUGAAAUUUCAAGCGUCGGCGUUCCAUGGCAACGUCAAGGAAUAGCAUCGAAAAUGUUAAAUCGAAAUAUGAAAUCAGCAAAAUCGAUGGGAAUCGAUGGAAUCGUUUCAGCGACCACUUCUCAUGCUAAUCAGAUUUUAUUGGCGAAAAAUGGAUUUGAAUGUCUUAAAGAAUUCAAAUAUUCUGAGAUUCAAAAUGAAUCAGGACAGAAAUUGGUGGAGACUGAUGAUGGAUCCAAUGCGAUGAGAAUUAAUUUUAAGAAAAUUGAAGAGUUUUGA